UGAUGGCAAUGAAACUAAAUUAUCAGUCUUCUUUAUUUAGAUCAACACGAUUGAAGAAAAUCAAAAAUGAACAUUUCUUUUUAUAUUUUGUUGCUUUUUAUUGUCUCAACUUAUGCUGGUAAACUUCAAGCAAAACCUUUGGAAUUGAAGGAAGCCAAGGAACAUGUAGAUUCUGGCAUUGAUGUUACUGGAAUCCAAUCAACUGUUAACUCUGCUAAUUUAAUGGAGACCAGAUCGACCAGAAAUCCUUCGUAUAGAACCUUAGUCAUCCAACGAGAAAGAUGGAUCUGUUUCUCCAAGUUUCCUGUAUAUAUGUGCGAUCCAAAGGAAAAGGCUUUGCAAACUGAAACUAGACAGGUUGAUUUGAUUUGUCUGGCUAAGGACUCACAGCCGUUUGUCCAACAUCGGUCUAAUGAAUUUGAAAAGCAUGUCAUUACUGAGGUUAUGGAUCUCGCCAAGACUGAAACUUAUACUCACAGUUCACCAAGCAAGUGCAGCAGUUAAGGAAUCAAUUCGAGAAAUUAAACGUUCUUUCCCUUCUUUUUUUUCACGGCUGGUCUUUCGAGACACACUGAAUAUAUUUAUUUUAUCAUGAAUAUAACUUUAAAAAAUAUUAAUCCAUUCAAUUAAUAAUUUGACCAAAUAAAACUAUCUAAAGAUUACACGACUUAA